CAUUAGGUAGAGUAACUAUCUUCAUUUUUUUUCUUCAUAUUUUGUAUGCUUAUUUUAGAUCAAUUUGGAUUGAAAAUUGACUAAUUUAAAAUGGUUUGUAAUGUUGUAGUUUUUAACUAUCCUGUUGGAAAUCACAAUGUGUUCAGAGUGAAUGGAACUGGGUUCCAAAACUGUAUUGUGCCCCCAGCAAAUGAGGCUCUCUCUACUGGAAAAGACAAAAUUUUGUUGGGAAGUUCAGGCAAAAAAUGGUACAUUUGUGGUGUGGGGCAGCACUGUGCUCAGGGAGGUCAAAAGCUGGCUAUACAGGUGAUGGGAAAUACAUGGGCUCCAGCUCCUUCUCCAAGUAGUGGUGUCAAAGCUACCAUUUCUAAGCUUUCAGUGAUGAUGAUAUUUGCCAUAGUGACUUUGGUGAUCAUGGUUUAAUCUGGAUUUUUUAUUCAUAUAGUUUUGAUGAUU